AUGACCAUAUUCAAGGCAAUAACUGCAGUGCCUAAUGCCUGUGACACUGUUGCCACAAUCUGUUCAGGCUCAAACUGCCUUGUUCCUCCCGGUGACUUUAAUGCAAUACUGGGCCUGGUGUUGAGUACAGUGCUCACCGUAAUGCUUGCCAUGGUCAUGUUUUCUAUGGGUUGCACUGUGGAUGCCGAAAAGCUGUGGGGCCAUAUCAAGAAACCCUGGGGCAUCAUCAUCGGCUUCCUCUGCCAGUUUGGCAUCAUGCCUUUCACAGCCUUUGCCUUGUCACUGGCCUUCGGCGUGCUGCCUGUGCAGGCCGUUGUCAUCAUCAUUAUGGGCUGCUGUCCUGGAGGUUCCGGCUCCAACAUUAUCUGCUACUGGCUGGAUGGAGACAUGGACCUAAGUAUCAGUAUGACAGCCUGUUCCUCUAUCCUGGCCUUGGGAAUGAUGCCUCUUUGUCUGCUCAUUUACACCUCCAUCUGGACUUCCAACAGUACAAUUCAGAUCCCAUAUGACAGUAUAGGUAUCACUCUAGUGGCCCUUCUUAUCCCAAUUGCUGUGGGAAUAUAUGUUAAACACAAGUGGCCUCUCGUAGCAAAAAAGAUCCUCAAGGUAGGGUCCAUUGCAGGAUUUGCUCUCAUUCUCAUCAUAGCUGUGGUUGGAGGAAUUCUUUACCAGUCCUCCUGGAACAUUGCUCCCUCCCUUUGGAUCAUUGGAACUAUCUACCCCUUUGUUGGUUUCAGCCUGGGGUUCUUCCUGGCCCGCUUUGCAGGUCAACCCUGGUUCAGGUGUCGAACCAUUGCAUUGGAGACAGGUUUCCAGAACUCCCAGCUGUGCAGCACCAUUGUCCAGCUGUCUUUCAGCCCUGCUGAGUUGGAGGUCAUGUUUGCGUUCCCCCUAAUCUACAGCAUCUUCCAGCUAGUGGUGGCAGUCAUAUGUGUGGGAGGAUACCAGGCAUAUAAAAAGUCAUGUCGCCGUAGUUCAGAAGAUGCAAACAGUGAAGCUCCAUCCCUGGAAGCUGGCGACGGUGAACCAUCAAAAGGGAAGGACUAUGCUGUGGAAAAUAGUGCCUUUGAGUUGGAUGAGAAUGGCAACAGCGAAGAGAAGGGUGGGGAUAUUAACAGGAACACCCAGUUCUGAAAUUAAAGACCUGCACACAGACUCCCGACUAUCAGUAUUAACAUUCAGGGCCACAGCUCUACAGAAAACAGCAGGCUAACUUAACUGAACACACAGUGCACUCUGCAGGCCAAAGGUGUGCACUACAGACACUGUUCUUAUCAGUUUUGGACAGUUUAGCAAAAACACGGAUGCCCAAAUGUCUUCCCUGGUAUGUCUAAAAUUAACUUCAAGGAGGGCAGUGACUAACGUAACAUAAUACAUUGCAUUGUAUAAUGUUGUAUUGUAUUAUAUUAAGAUAUGAGGCCCUCCUUUUCCGUAAUUUAUUAAUAUAUAAUUAUUUAAAACAAUUUUACUCUGUACGUUCUGUCAGAAUGCCUGUUGUGCAUGAUCAACACAUUUACUUGUAUCUAUUUAUAUGUCUUAUCAAUAAUUCAAACAAAAUAUUUAAUGCUGUUUAUGUGGAUUACUCAGAUAUCCAUAUACAUAUAUUUACUGUAGUUUGUGCUGAAUGGUGUAAUAUAAAACUGAACUGAGAACUGAGAUUUAUUUUGUCACAAUAUAACCGGUGAUAGAGUGAAAUUAAGUUUGUUUAGAAUGCUCUCGUGACAAUCAUAAUGUAGCUGAUAAGAAACAGACGUGACGAAGUGUCACAUGGGGACAGCCAGUGUUUCACAGUUUUCAUACCCACUGACAGAACAUAGUAGUUGAAAUAUAAAUGUUGAAAAAAAUAAAAGGUUUAUUUAUUUUUUAUCCUUAUUGUGUUUUCUACCCGCGACCCUGUACGCAGAAGAAGCGGUUGACGAUGGAUGGAUUGUGUUUUGUGGUGUAGCAGAUGAAGUCAGUGGUUGUUACAGACCAGCUUUGGCGCUUGGGCCCUGAUACAAACUUCUUUUGUGUGUUCUCUGUUCUAGUACUUGUAGAUUUAUAGAAGUAAGAACAGGACUUAUCAUGUUUUGAGACUCAUGAAAUGCUGUGUUUUUCUGAGAAUGACCGAUUCUUAGCAUUUUAAACCAAGAAAGGUAGUGGUUUUAAAUAUCUGUCCAAAUGGAAGAAACAGGGAUACGUUCAUCACAGUAUAUUUAUAACUAAUUUAUUAGUCCUCUGUAGUGUGUAAAUGUGAAAAACACAGACUUCAAAAUUCAAAUGCAUAUUUCACAAUACUUGAUUGCUAUUCUUCUAUUUUAAUUUCAGUAGUUCAUCUCUGUGCUUCCCUAUUUACCCCUAUUAUUUUGGAAA